AUGAGUGGAAGUUCGUCAUUAACAUUUAAAUUCAUUCUCGUAGGUGAUUCUGCUGUUGGAAAAACCUCAAUGAGCAGAAUGUUCUGCGAACAAGUUUUUGAUGAAGCUCAGCCGCAAACAAUCGCAUUAGAAUUUGGAAAUCGCACAAUAGAUAUUAAAGGUACCCCAGUCAGAAUUCAACUUUGGGAUACAGCAGGCCAGGAGCGUUUUCGUUCGAUUACACGCUCAUAUUUUAGAAAUUCUGUGGCUGUUUUCGUUGUAUUUGAUGUCAGCAACAGAGAUUCUUUUGUUGGACUUUCAAAAUGGAUCGAUGAUGCAAUGAACUUAGCUCCAGCCGAAUCAAUCAAAGUUCUUGUCGGAAAUAAAUCAGAUCUCUUUAAGCGCUCAGUUUCAGAAGGAGAAGCUAUGGAUUAUGCAAAGCAAAAUGGAUUUAUGUACUUUGAGACGUCAGCAUUGUCCGGCCAUAAGAUAGAAGAAACAUUUAUUACAGUCGCCCAUAAAUACUAUGACUCUCUGCCUUCAAUUAGGCAGCUCAACAACUGGAAUGAAAGCAAUGAUCGCUUUGAUGAUAUUCUUUCAGAUAUUAAACUAGAAAAACCAGGAAUUUCUUCUUGUUGCUUCUAA